CCGGAUCCCCUCCCCACCGAAAGCUUGCACCGAAGCGACCCGCUCUCCCCCCUGUCCCGCGGCGAUUGCGUGAACCCAAACGCGUGGGGCGGGGCGGAGCAAUGGAGCUCCCAAGCACAUGGAGCUAGGAGGUGAUGGCAGCGCCCUUUGUGGUGAAACGCAGCUGGCAAGCGCAGGCAGAGCUUCAUCAACACUGGCCAAGCUUGGACCUCACAAGGGUUUGUUUGGUCGGCUGCGCGGUGGAUGCGGCUCUUUCGGUGGUGUCUUACCCUUUGUGGCACCUCAAAACCAGGGAGCAGGUCUUAGGUUCCAGUUGCCUACAACAUGGCCGAGAACUCAUCAAACACUUGGGGCUCCGUGGUAUGUAUCGCGGGGGACUCUUCGGCACGUUGGCGCUCCUGCCCGGACAUUGCUUGUGGUACAUGGCCUAUGAAGGGUCCAAGUGGCACUUGACGCCGCGCCUGCCCGCGCGCAUGGCGCCGGCCGCCGCCGCUGCGCUGGCGGAAUGCUGUUGGGUCGUCUCUUCGAUGCCGGUGGAGAAUGUGGUGGUCCGGCUCCAGUGCCGUCCUGCAAGGGCUCCGCCACUGCAUUGGGGCGCCUCUCUUCUCGAGUUGCGGGCGCUCUACCAGGAAGGUGGCCUCAGACGCUGGUGGAACGGCAGUGUGUUGGGCUUGGCCGCUUCGCUCCCGCAGUCAGCCUUGUGGUGGAUGGUCUACGAGAACUCAAAGUCGUUCCUUCUUCCGCACCCUCCGACCGGUGAGCAGGACUUGACCAAGCAGAGCGUUGCGGCGGCGGGGGCGGCCGUAGCGGCCUCCUGUGCAAGCACGUUCAUCCUAAAUCCGCUGGACGUGGUGAAGAGCCAGAUUCAGGCAUCUUCCGGAAAGGCGCAAGCCACUCAAGCACAAGCUGCGCACUUCCGCCAGCCUGUGAAGGCCUUAUUCCUCCGAGGCCUCGUGCCCAGGCUCCUGCUCUCUGCCAUCUCCGGGAUCUCAGAGUCCAUGAGCUACGAGGCCAUUAUGCACCUGGCAAAGCCCGGGACCUUUGCAGAAGUUCGAUGAGGCGGAAGGUGGGAAGCGUCAGCGGAACGCAGGAAAAAGGAGCCGAGAAUGGCCCCCGGCGCGCCUUGGGAAGGGGAACACCAGGUCUCAGCGGUGUGACCUGACCUGAUUUACUACCGAACAUAAACAGAACAGACGACCAGGGCAUACCAGGGCUCCAUGUUGGUUAACUCGCAGUCAUCUCAGGAUCUCAAAGAGACUCUUUUGAGGGGUGGAUUUCUUCUUCCCACCUUUUCUCGGUCUCCAUCCUCGCGAAGCGAAGCGAGGCCGCGAGGUCUCCACCAAGUCCUGUGGUUCCUCUUUUGGCUGUGGAGCGACAAAGUCCAGCUUCGGUGGGUUUUGGGUUCAGGGUUUCCUGGUGAUCAUCAUACUACUCAUGUCCGACCAGCAAGGCUUCUGGACGUCGUGGUUAUUGGGUGCAUGAUGGGUGGCAUUCUGUGUGUGAGUGAAUCUCAAUUUCUGGUGUUCGGUUCUAAUCUCAUCUCAUCUUCUAUGCGCUGAUAGACAUCAAAUACCCAAUGCAGAUGUUCAACCUAGGGAUCAGCCAUGCCAAAGCGUUCAUCGUUUUCCCCAUGUCUCCAACACAUUCCAACACAUACGUGUAGCCGAAACCAACGUAUGACUCCAGCAAACUGAUUCUGGAGGUCACCAGCUGUGCUGGAGGUCACCCAGCUGCUGGGUGUUGUCUUUUUGAUCGCUUACUUUGAGUACCCCACCGCAGGUCUGCGGGACGCGCGCUCACCUCCACCUUCGACCUUUGAGGACCACCGACAUAAGUGACAGGUGGUGCAGCA